CACCCACCAGUACCAUCCCCUUUUCUCCAAUCUCUUCUAAACCUUUUUCACCCGGUCACACGCAGAAACAAGACACAAAGCCGGCUGCUUGACAAACAAACAAGAAAAUCUCCUUGCUUCUUUUCUUCCCUCGUUUACACCGAAACUCCAAGCACCCCAUAAGUUUAAGGUCUACGUUCUUGGCAAUUACCGGCACAAGUAAUUAAUGAAGACCGUUUCCAGGAACAAGUUUUUGGUCUGUUUUAGACCCGUUAUGGACUCUAUGCUCGACUCCGAACCAGUUGUAGUCGAUCGUUCCCGAAAUCAUCGGGUCUUAACGUAUACGAAGCCCUCAACGACUCCGUCUUCGGUUCCCGAUACGGAGAAUUCGAUCAUGGUCCAUCGUCCCGGGAAGAAAACAUUCUCCCAUGUCGUUAAAGCCGUUGUGUUCGAGAUCUUAUUGGCAAAGAGGGUUAAAGAUAGAAAAGGUAUUGAUCGAGGAUCAUAUUCAUCAAAGCACAAUUUCCCAGUAAACAGUCAUGAUAAGAUGUUGGAUACAAGUGCUGGUACCGAAGGAAUUCGGGAGACGAUUUCUGAGUCCAACUCGGUCCCGAAUUCAACGCCGGAAACAAGCAAACAUCAAGAACGUGAAGUGAAGGAGAAACAAGAAGGAAUACAGAGGGGUUGGAGUUCAAGCAAUGCCGUGUUUUGGGUUGUUAUUAGUCUGGCAAUGACCAUCUUCUGGGGGAAAAUUUACGCAAUACUUUCGGCAUCAAUUUGGCUUUACUUCCUCCCUCGUCUGCAACAACCCGCAGGAGAAAUUGAAAACCUGAACAGCAUUAAAAGAAGCUCGGAAGAGAAGUCAGAAGAUGACAAAAAGAUCAUAAUGGAAGGGUUACUUAAAAGGAAACAAAGCAGAGGAGCAUUCAAUUAUUGACAUUUAACAAAGCAUUUCUCUCUGAGAUUUGUUUCGUUCCAGAAAAGUUGAAUCAGAAGGAAGAGACUAAACACAGGCAUCAGUUCCUUCAUUCUUGUGCAGUAU